AUGUCUGCAACUUAUGGAAUCACAUGUGUGUUUGUUGGCUUGGCAUUGUUCACUGCAACAAACGCUUUACGUGGGGCUUUAUUCAGAACAGGAAAAAGUUUCUGGUCAUCCGGCAAAUAUGAUCCCUACACCAAUCUGUUCGAACUCGGCAAAUCGCUUAAAGCUAUUGACCUAAUGGACAACGGAAAUCGGAAUGUUAUAUCAACUAAUCGCGACGCCAAGAAAACAAUUUACCUGCAAUAG